AUGUAUCCGAUACAAGAAGUGAACGAGGAAAGGGAUGAUGAAUUGGUGUUGGAUGGAGGUUUCCUGGCUCCAAAAUCUAAAGAAACUGAUGGAUUCGAUGCUCCUGAUAUCAAUUUUAUGGGCCACUCUUUUAGGGAUUAUGACAAUGGUGCAAAUGAGAGACAACAAGGUGUUGAAGAAUUCUACAGAAUGCAACACAUUCAUCAGAAUUAUGACUUUGUAAGCUAA